GGCCGCAGGCGCAGCCGGAGCCGGAGCUGGGCGGGCGCCGCGGCGCCUAUGGGGAGGGCGGCCGCGCCUCUGUGUAGCGCCGGCACCCGCGGGCUGGUCUCCCUGCUGGGCGCCGUCCCGUGCCUGGCCUGCAAGCCGCCGCCGCCGCCGCGGGGCCCGCUCGGCGCCGCCAUGAGCCUGGUCGUCGAGAGCUGCCCCGCCGCCGCCGCCGCCGCCUGCUCGGCGGCGGCCGUCGGCCCCGACACCUACAAGGGGUGGCUCUUCAAGUGGACCAACUACCUGAAGGGCUACCAGCGCCGCUGGUUCGUGCUCAGCAACGGGCUGCUCAGCUACUACAGGACUCAAGCGGAAAUGGCCCACACCUGCCGAGGAACCAUCAACUUGUCCACGGCUCACAUCGAUACCGAGGAUUCCUGCAACAUUGUCCUUUCUAAUGGGGGAAGGACCUACCAUUUAAAAGCUAGCUCGGAAGUGGAGCGGCAGCGGUGGGUCACAGCCCUGGAGCUGGCUAAGGCCAAGGCCAUCCGGAUAAGGAGCAGCCAGUCAGAUGACUCUGGCGACGAGGAGCCCGCCUCGCAGUCUGGCAAGAGCGAAUUGCACAGCACGCUGAAAAGCCUCUCCAGUAAGCUGGAAGACCUCGGCACGUGCAACGACCUGAUUGCGAAACACGGGGCGGCCCUCCAGAGGUCCCUGAGCGAGCUGGAGAACCUCAAGUUGCCGGCUGAGAGUGGGGAAAAGAUCAAGGCGGUCAAUGAGCGAGCUACCCUCUUCAGGAUCACCUCCAAUGCUAUGAUCAAUGCCUGCCGGGACUUUUUGGAGCUAGCGGAAGCCCACAGCAGGAAAUGGCAGCGGGCCCUCCAGCAUGAACGUGAGCAACGGAUCCGCCUGGAGGAGACCAUCGAGCAGUUGGCCAAGCAGCACAACAACUUAGAACGGGCUUGCCGGGGAGCUCCGGCCCUCUCCGUCAACCCGGCUGCUCACGUCCCCCGAGGAGGAAGCGUGCAAAGUGCAAAAGCAGAAGCCAGUGAUGAAGAUGAGGAGACGGAGUACUUCGAUGCCAUGGAAGAAGCUCAUGCUUUCAUCACAGUAGCUGCAGAUCCAUCCAGACUUCACCGGCGCACCGGCAGCAACAUUAGUGCGGCCAGCGAGGGUCGUUCUGAAGACUGGAACUUGGAUGAUUGCGUGUUUGACAGCUCCAGUCAACGUGACGUUGAUGCUUCAGGCAAGGAUGCGGCAUCCGGUAACAAGAGGCGCACUCGGAUUCCAGACAAGCCCAACUACAGCCUUAACCUUUGGAGCAUAAUGAAGAAUUGUAUUGGCAAAGAGCUGUCCAAGAUCCCCAUGCCUGUCAACUUCAACGAACCCCUGUCGAUGCUGCAGAGGCUAACAGAGGACCUGGAGUAUCACGAGCUGCUGGACAAAGCUGUCAAGUGCAAGAGCUCCAUUGAACAGAUGUGUUUUGUGGCUGCCUUUUCAGUGUCUUCCUACUCAACCACAGUCCAGCGGACUGCCAAGCCAUUCAACCCCCUUCUGGGUGAGACCUACGAACUGGACCGCCUGGAGGAUCUGGGCUUCCGCUCGCUCUGUGAGCAGGUGAGCCAUCACCCCCCAGCAGCAGCUCAUCACGUGUACUCCAGGCGAGGCUGGACUCUGUGGCAGGAGAUCACCAUUGCCAGCAAGUUCCGGGGCAAAUACCUUUCCAUCAUGCCGCUGGGCGCCAUCCAUCUAGAAUUCCACUCCAGCGGCAACCACUACGUCUGGCAGAAAGUGACGUCCACAGUUCACAAUAUUAUUGUGGGAAAGCUCUGGAUUGACCAGUCCGGUGACAUAGAAAUCCUCAACCACAAAUCAAAAGACAAAUGCCAGCUGAAAUUCACCCCCUACAGUUACUUCUCCAGAGACAUCCCCCGAAAGGUGACAGGUGUGGUGAUGGAUGCCGAGGGCAACGAGCGCUACGUCAUGUCUGGCACGUGGGAUGAGAAGAUGGAGUGCUGCAAGAUCAUGCAGAGCAGCCAGGGAAACUCCAGUUCGGAAGGCAAGCUUCCGAAAACGGUCUACCAGACCUUGCCCCCCAAGGUCCUGUGGAAGAAAUACCCCCUUCCGGAGAAUGCGGAAAACAUGUACUUCUUCUCCAAACUGGCACUGACGCUCAACGAGCUGGAAGAGGGCAUCGCUCCCACGGACAGCCGCCUGAGACCCGACCAGAGGCUCAUGGAGAACGGGAAGUGGGACGAAGCCAACGUGGAGAAGCAGCAGCUGGAGGAAAAGCAGCGGGCCGUGCGCCGACAGCGGGAAGCUGAAGCAGCCGAGGCGCUGGAAGAGGGCAAAGACUACAACGGCUACACCCCCCGGUGGUUUGAGAGGAAGGUGGACCCCCUGACAGGGGAGCUGAUCUGCGUUUACAAGGGCGGCUACUGGGAGAGCAAGGAGAAGCAGGACUGGACCCAGUGCCCCAGCAUCUUCUGAGCCCGGCUGGCUGGUGCUGGGUGGAGCCUCUGCAUCCCGUCGCAGGACAGAAGUGCCAGGAGUUACAGCCCUCCGGACAGCCUCCUGCCCCCAGCACACCUUUUGGAGAAACACGCAGAGUUUAAAAUAAAUCCACGUUUAAAAACAAAAACCGCAAGCAAAGAAAAACAAAAAAAAGUAAGACAAGACAAACCAAACAGGGAUUCCAAAACCUAUUUUUAUGCACCAAUAAAAUGGCAUAUGAUUUU